AAAUUGUUAAAACUUAAACCAUUUAUAAUUUGGGACACAAAUGGCACAAUUAAUAGAACAAUUUGGGACACAAGUGGCACAAUUGAGUUUGAAGUUAAAAUCUAACUUAUUCACCUUAACUCAUAGAAAGAAAGAAAAAAAAAAAACUCCUUAUUGAUGACAACUCCUCCCAAUAAACCACUGUUCAUCUCAAUGACAUAUCUCAAUCCCCAAAAAAACAUAACAUUAAAUAAAUUUAAUAAAAAUAUAAAACUUAAAAAAGUGUCAGGCGCCGCUGAUUAAACACCGUACAGCAUCAGUAGGGCUUACGUCACACUCUUACCGCCCUCUUCAACCCCCACACACACAUCUUUUCAGCCGGCGGCUCUCCCAAUAGGUCCCACCACUUUCUCUCUCCCUCAAAUCACAACCCUCCAUCAACCAAUUUCAAAAUCAACGGCUCUCCUUCACUUUAUCCAAAUUUGUUUCCCACCCCGUGCGGUGUUUUGUGUCUAUAUAUACAAACACAAACACAAAACCAAAUUAUAAAAAAACAAAGACAAAGUAAAAGUAAAGAGAAGAGAUAGUGGUGGUUGUAGUGCCGGCCAGCCGACAAUUACGGGAGCCAAUGUGGGUCCCAUCACUUUUAUAGUCUCACUCACAAAUCACUUCCUCACUUCAAUCUUCAUUUUCAAAUCUCUCUUUUCUUCUUCUUCUUUCUAUUUCUAUUAACUAGUAAUAAACUCGUGCUAUCGCAAUAGUUUCUAUGGCUUCUUCAUCAUCUUCUUCAGCAAACCGCGAAGGACACUACAGAGGUGUUAGGAAGCGACCAUGGGGUCGCUAUGCAGCUGAGAUUCGUGAUCCAUGGAAGAAGACACGUGUCUGGUUAGGUACAUUUGAUACACCUGAAGAAGCUGCUCUUGCUUACGACGGCGCCGCUCGUUCUCUCCGUGGAACUAAAGCAAAAACUAACUUUCCACCGGCGCCGGGAGCUGGAGGUUUAUGUGUUGAUCUCAAUCUCAACGCUCCUUCUUCUGAUCUUAGGUGGCCAUCUGUUGGUUGUUCGCGUGGGAUUAAGCUUACUGAGUUUCUUCAAACUGGUGUUCUCAAAGAUUUCAACGCUCCUCAUCAGCUUCCUCCUCAAGCUCCUGUUGUUACGGUGGCUGGACAAAGACAUGGUGAAGAUCCUUUUGGUGUUUCUGGGAGAGUUAUGGUGCCUGAGAACUCUCCUACGGCUGCUUAUUUGGGACUUGUUAGACGUGGGAUUCCGAUUGAUUUGAAUGAACCUCCACCUUUGUGGCUAUGAAAAACCCUAUAAAAAUUACAUGGUUUAGUUUUUUAAAGGUGUCGUUUUAGGAUCUUAUCUAAUUAGUUAAUUAAUCUGCCUUUAUUUUUAUUUUUUUCCUUAUUAUGUAAGGAUUUAGGAGUAUCUAUCUAUUGUCUAUUGUUGCAAUGUAUGUAAGGGUACGGCUAUCUAACAUUUUGGAGAAGAAAAAAAAUUAAAAAUAGUAACUUAUCA